AUGAAAGCCCAUAACUCCACCAGCGCCAACAUUUCUCCAAUCAAAACCGUCGUCGUUUUGGUACAAGAAAAUCGCUCCUUCGAUCAUAUGCUAGGCUGGUUUAAGUCCCUCAACCCGGAAAUCAACGGCGUCACAGGCUCCGAAUCAAACCCGCUCUCAACCUCCGACACCGACCCGAAUUCAUCCCGGAUCCAAUUCACUGACGAAGCCCAAUACGUUGACCCGGACCCAGGACACAUGAUUGAGGACAUGUUUGAACAAAUAUUCGGCGAGCCUUGGUCCGACUCCACUCGCAAAUAUGAUCCGAAAAUGGAGGGAUUCGCGCAGAAUGCGGAGAGAGUGCAGGAAGGCCUUGCAAAGUCAGUGAUGAGUGGGUUCGCGCCGGAGUCUUUACCCGUUUACAAGGAGUUGGUAACGAAUUUCGCUGUGUGUGACCGGUGGUUCGCGUCGGUGCCAGGGCCGACGCAGCCGAAUAGGUUGUUUGUCCAUUCAGCGACGUCGAAUGGGGCGACGAGUAACGAUACGAAGCAGCUUGUCCAAGGGUACCCGCAGAAGACCAUAUUUGAAUCGCUUGAUGAGGCCGGGUUUAGCUUUGGGAUUUACUAUCAGUACCCUCCGUCGACACUUUUCUAUAGGAAUCUUAGAAAACUGAAAUACUUGAAGAGCUUCAGCCAAUUCGAUCUAAACUUCAAGAAUCACUGCAAGGAGGGGAGGCUACCAAACUAUGUGGUUAUUGAGCAAAGAUAUUACAAUCUGCGCACGGUGCCUGCCAACGACGAUCACCCAACCCACGACGUCUCUGAAGGUCAAGAAUUUAUCAAGGAAGUCUACGAAGCUCUACGAUCAAGCCCUCAGUGGAAUGAGAUGUUAUUUCUAAUCAUAUAUGAUGAACAUGGUGGAUAUUAUGAUCAUGUUCCAACUCCUGUAUCCGGUGUCCCUAGUCCUGAUGGUCUUGUUGGUCCUGAACCAUAUAACUUCAAGUUUGAUCGUCUUGGCGUCAGGAUUCCUGCCAUUUUGAUUUCUCCAUGGAUUGAACCUGGAACAGUGUUACAUGGCCCUUCAGGACCACAACCCACAUCAGAAUUCGAGCAUUCUUCGAUACCAGCAACUGUCAAAAAGAUUUUCAAUCUAAAAGAGUUCCUAACGAAACGGGACGAAUGGGCAGGCACUUUCGACUGUGUCCUAAAUAGAAAGACCCCAAGAAUAGAUUGCCCAGUUACAUUAUCUGAGCUUGUGAGAUUGCGUACGUGUGGAGUGCUAGAAGUGAAAGAAGAUGAAAAACUAAGUGAAUUUCAGCAAGAACUAGUUCAAUUGGCAGCGACGUUGAACGGGGAUCAUCAGAAGCAUACCUAUCCUCAACAACUUGUUGACUGCAUGACAGUUGCGGAUGCUGCUAAAUACGUCAAGGAAGCCUUCAAUAAAUUUUGCAAGGAAUGCGAGAAAGCCAGUGAAAAUGGAGCUGAUGAAAAUGAGAUUAUUCGUUGUUCAAUAUCAAAAACAUCCAAAUCUUUAGCAGAUAUGAUAGUUUCGUGCAUAGUUUGCGGCGAUUGAUCGAUCGGUCCCCUACUAUUCACGUCUAUUAGACCUCUCAUCAAAUGAUUUGGUUGGGGUUUGCUAUAUGUCUGUGUGUUUUUCUGUUGAUUAUUCCUCAAAUAUUUGUGUUCGUUGUGUAAGUUUGUCUACUAAUGACUAUCAAGCUGGUAAGUUGCUGCUAUGGUUGCUUC